AUGACGAACGCCACGUUAGAAAUGUUACCUCCUGAAGUAUUACAUCGUAUUUUCGAUUAUUGUGAUUGUCAAACCAUCCUACUGUCGAUCCGUGGUGUCUGUAGACAACUUCGUGAUGUUACAAGUACUUACGAUCGGUUCGAAUUGAAAUAUUAUUUAAAUAAAAACUGGAACUAUCAGGCUUUGUUUCAUUUUCUUUCGCCCACUUGUAUUACUUCAUUGAUUAUCGACAAUACGAAUUACCAGAACAAUAGCAAUCUGAUUCCAUUAUCAACAAUGAGAAUUCUUCUUACACAAUUUACAAAACUUCGUUCAUUGCAGCUUGUUGAUGUUCAAGAUAGCAUAAUACAGAAGAUUGUAUCUAUGAUAUCGUCCGGCUCUUUGAACGCACUUUCAAUUUAUGGGGCCAAACGACACACAGAUCCUCAAAUCAUAUCGAUAGCUACCAAGUUCAACCUCCAAAAAUUUGUUGUCAGUAGUUUAACACUAAGCGAGAUAAUUGUGACUUUCUGGCCAACCAAUUGGCGACUAACGCAUCUGGAAAUUGGUAUUUGUCAUAUGUACCAAUAUCUCUCCAUCGUCGAACAAAUGCCUAAUUUACGAACGCUUGUUAUGAAAGAUUUCAUCGUAGAUGUUGAUUUGCAAAUGAAAGUGGACGCAUCGUCACAACAACUGAAAUCUUUGACUAUUACGAACUGCUGCGCACAUCUACACGAAUUAGAUUUGCUACUUUCAACGACACCGUCACUCACUCAUCUUGAGCUAAUUUUUAAUGAAUAUGUAUACGACCGUGCAUUGGAUGGUCAGUGUUUGGAAGAAAUACUCAGUACGAAAGUGCCAUUGCUACAAGGAUUUACCUUGUUCUUUGCCUACCGAUACGCAUUGAACUUGAGUGCCCGUUUAGUUGGUGUCAAAUCGCUUAUAGUUCCAUUCCUGACAUCAUUCUGGCUUGAAGAGAAACACUGGCAUAUUGCUUGUGAUCAUACAUUGCAAACUCGAACGAUUAGAAUCUACACAACACCAAUUAAAAGACAAUAUAAGAUUGAGAGUUUUUCACAACAGCAAAGAGAGAAAAUUAUCGAUUUGUUUCAUUUCGAUCAACUCGAACAUAUAGUACAAGAUAUGCCGAGUGGUGAGAGACAACUAUACGUUCGAAUGCAAGACGAACGUUUCGAUGACACACCUAUGGCAUUCUUAGAAGGGAGGAUCAGGCCAAUAACGGAUUCUGUUAGAUGUACAAUAUCAUCGGAAGAUUAUAUUUGCCGACUUAGUCAAAUUUCUUUUGGUGCAUCAAUUGCCAAAGAGGCUUUGACCACGUUAGAUCUCAGCGACAGUUGUAUAGAUGAUCAGGGCACACAAGAUCUCGCUGCGGCAUUGGAAUACGAUAAAACGCUUCUUUCAUUGAAUCUGUUGCGGAAUCGCAUCGGAGAUGCUGGAGCUGAAUGUCUUGCUAAUGCCUUGAAAUCGAACACAACGCUGAACACAAUUAAUCUCCGUAGUAAUAGAAUCACUGAUGUAGGAGCUCAACAUCUUGCUGAAUGUUUAGAAUAUAAUACAUCACUCACAAUACUCCAUCUAGACCACAAUAUCGGUCCAAGUUGCAUAGCUGUUGAAACAGCUCUUGCAAUGCGCACGGAUACAACAUCUACUACAUUGGAUAUGACCAAUGCAUGCAUCGGAGAUGUGGGAGUAGAAAUUCUUGCUAAAGCUUUAAGAUCGAAUACAACAAUUAUUACAUUGAAUCUAUCGAAUAAUAAUAUUGGAGAUAUUGGAGCAGAACAUGUAUCCAGCGUAUUAAAACAGAAUACGACACUGAAAGUAAUAGACCUUAGUGAAAAUCUAAUUGGAUAUGCAGGGGCUCGAUGUCUUCUCGACUGUUUAAAAUAUAAUACGACGCUGACGGCACUGGAACUGCAUCACAACAAGAGCGAAUACGGGCUCUUAGCGGAGACAGUCAUCAGAAUUCGACAUGACAAAACACUCACUGCCAUCAAUUUGUCUAGUAAUUGGCUUAAUACUGAAGAUGCACAAAUUAUUUCUGAUGCUUUAUAUGACAAUCAAACACUUGUGUCACUGAAAAUGUCCAACACUCAAAUCGGAUGUGUCGGAGUUCAACAUUUGAUGGAAGUUCUACAAAGAAUCCCAACAUUCACUAAAUUAGAUGUCAGUAAAAGCCAGAUAGGAAAUGAAGGAGUGCAAGAUCUUGAGCACUACUUACGAGAUCAAAUGACACUCACAACACUGAACAUCUCUAAUAAUGAUAUUAAUGACGAUGGAAUCAAAGCUCUUGCUGAGGCAUUGCGAGUCAACAAGACACUCAUCCAACUGGACAUCAGUAGCAAUCAAGUAACAUCAAAUGGAACAAAAUAUCUAACCGAUUCGUUGAAACAUAAUUCAACGCUAACGAAAUUGAAUAUUUCCAACAAUAAAAUUGGCACAGAAGGUGCACAAUAUUUCGCUGAUGUGUUAGAAACGACUAAUCAUCUGACUGAAUUGAACGUUUCAAACAAUCAAAUAGAAAAUGACGGUACCCAACGUCUUUGCAAUGCUUUACAGCAUAAUACGUCAUUGACAAUAUUGGAUUUGAGUAGUAAUACAAUUAGUCUUCAAGGGACACGGGUCCUCGCUGAUAUUUUAAGACAAAAUACGACAUUGACCGGAUUGUACCUUCGAAAUAGUCGAGUUCAAAAUAAGGGUGCGGAGUAUUUUGCCGAUGCUUUGAAAAGUAACACAACACUAGUAACAUUAAAUCUUCAGCUGAAUCAAAUUGAUGAUGAAGGUGCAAAACAUUUUGCUGGUAUUUUAAGCGACAACAAAGUAUUGAAGAGUCUUUGUCUCGGCAAAAGUGGCAUAUCAAUUCAAGUAUGGAAUGAACUAAAGUCCAUCGAUAAGAACAACACGUUAUCGUAG